AUGAACAAAAUCUCAUGGUCAUGGUCUCUCCAUACCUUCCGCCACCUCUUGAAAACAAGCAUAACUCAGAGAGACAUUUUAACAGGCAAAACCCUCCAUGCACUCUACCUCAAAAUCUUUGUUCCUUCCUCUACCUACUUCUCCAACCAAUUCAUCCUCCUCUACUCCAAAUGCGGCUGCGUUGCUUCAGCCCACCACGCUUUUAACCAAACCCCAAACCCCAACGUUUUCUCCUUCAAUGUUCUCAUUUCAGGUUAUGCCAAAGUUUCACGUUUAAAUAUUGCUCAUCAACUGUUUGAUCAAAUUCCCCAGCGGGACUUGGUCUCCUAUAACACGCUUAUUUCGGGUUAUGCAGAUUGCGGAGAGACUGAACAAGCGUUAAGCUUGUUCAAAGAUAUGAGAGACAUGGGUUUUGACAUGGAUGGCUUUACGCUGUCUGGGGCGAUUACCGCUUGCUCUAACGAUGUUUUUCUGAUAAAACAGUUGCACUGUUUCGCUGUUUAUGGUGGGUUUGACAAUUAUUCUUCGGUGAAUAAUUCACUUCUUACGUAUUAUAGCAAAAACGGGUUUUUGGAUGAGGCGGAAAGGGUGUUUCAUGAGAUGGAUGAGAUUAAAGAUGAGAUUUCUUGGAACGCUAUGAUUGUUGCAUAUGGCCAGCAUAGGAAGGGAGAGAAGGCGUUAGAAUUGUUUCAAGAAAUCGUUCGUAUGGGACUAGCUGUUGAUAUGUUUACUUUGGCCAGUAUUUUGACUGCGUUCACAUGUGUGGAGGAUUUGUUAGGGGGUCUUCAAUUUCAUGCAAAAUUGAUCAAAACCGGGUUUCAUCAGAAUUCUCAUGUAGGAAGUGGUUUGAUUGAUUUGUAUGCAAAAUGUAGUGGUGGAAUUAGAGAUUGUAGGAAGGUUUUUGAGGAAAUCUGUAGUCCAGACCUGGUUCUUUGGAACACUAUGAUAUCUGGGUAUUCACAAAACGAGGAGUUCAGUGAAGAUGCUCUUGAGUGGUUUAGGAAGAUGCAACAAGUUGGUUAUCGGCCUGAUGAUUGUAGCUUUGUGUGUGUGAUUAGUGCAUGCUCCAGUUUGUCUCCGUCUCAAGGAAAACAGAUUCAUGCAUUAACAAUCAAAUCUGACAUCCCUUCAAACCGGAUUUCAAUAAAUAAUGCCCUGGUAGCUAUGUAUUCCAAAUGUGGAAACCUUCAAGAUGCAAGGCGGCUAUUUGAUAGGAUGCCAGAAUACAAUACUGUUUCGUUGAAUUCAAUGAUUGCAGGUUAUGCACAGCAUGGGAUUGAAAUGGAAUCAUUAUGUCUCUUUGAAUGGAUGUUGGAGAAAAAUAUUCCCCCCACAAGUAUAACCUUCAUCGCUGUCCUUUCUGCAUGUGCACACACUGGAAAAGUUCAUGAGGGUCAGAAAUACUUUAGCAUAAUGACAGAUAGAUUUGGAAUUGAACCAGAAGCUGAACAUUAUUCAUGCAUGAUUGAUCUUUUGGGUCGAGCAGGCAAACUUACUGAAGCUGAGAAGCUCAUUGAGACAAUGCCUGUUAGCCCUGGCACCAUUGGUUGGGCUGCACUACUUGGUGCCUGUAGAACACAUGGAAACAUGGAACUAGCAUUGAAAGCAGCUAACCAGUUACUUCAGCUGGAACCUUCAAAUGCUGUUCCAUAUGUUAUGCUUGCAAAUAUCUAUGCAAGUACUGGUAAAUGGGAAGAGGUAGCUACAAUUAGAAAGCUGAUGCGUGAUAGAGGUGUGAAGAAGAAGCCCGGCUGUAGUUGGAUUGAAGUAAACAAGAGGGUACAUGUCUUCGUGGCUGAAGAUAGUUCACACCCCAUGAUAAAGGAAAUUCAUGUGUACCUGGAGGAGAUGUCGUUGAAGAUGAAGAGAGCAGGCUAUGUUCCAGAUGUGAGAUGGGCUUUGGUUAAGGAUGAUGAGAUAGAGCAUGGAGAGAAGGAGAAACGAUUGGUGCAUCACAGUGAGAAGCUAGCAGUUGCAUUUGGGCUGCUAUCAAGUACAGAUGGGGAGCCAAUACUUGUAGUGAAGAACUUGAGAAUAUGUGGGGAUUGCCACAAUGCAAUCAAAUUUAUGUCUGCUAUUGCCGGGAGGGAAAUCACUGUGAGGGAUACCCAUAGAUUUCAUUGUUUCAAGGAUGGACAGUGCUCUUGUGGUGAUUAUUGGUGACAAUGGUUAGCAUUCGAGCCAGUUUGUUUUCAACAUAGGAAUUAGUAGCGGUGGGAGGCAUGAAUAAUCACAAGAGUACUGUUCUGAUUCCGCCAAUCAAAUUUAGUAUCAUGCAGCAGGAUGCUAAACAAAGUCAUUUCUGGGUGUGACUGGUUAGCACUCAAGCUUUCAGUAUUUAUUCCUACCCAUACAAAUCAAAUUUAGUAUCAUCCGGCAUGAUGCUAAACAAAGUCAUUUACUGGGUGUGACUGGUUAGCAUUCAAGCUUUCAGUUUUUAUCCCUACCCCAUACAACUCUGUGUCUCUUAAAAGGUCUCGAUCUAGUGUGAAUGGUAUAUGAAAUAGAGAUGUGGCAAGCAGAAAAAAGAAGAGGCUGGCUGUGAGUAUUGAAAAGUUAUGAUCAUUCAAUCUAUACACCCUCCAGUUUUGCUCACAGAGGCAGCAAGACCCGGAAUGACACCAAAAGAACGUGAAUUUGAAGAACAGGAUUCUGUGUCCUUUGGAUUUGACCUUCGGAAGGAGGCUUCCUCUUGCUAUUAAUUGCCCCCUGAUGUAAUUGGUUGGGUAGCUUUUGCAUAUUUUUUCCAUUUGGGUUUUUUUUUUUUUUUUUUAAUCUUUUUUCCAUUUGAACCUUUUUAUGCUCCAAGUGUUUUGGGCAUCUUUAUAGAUCGACAAGAUUCUACCAGUUGGUCUAGAUAUGAAUGGAAAAUCAGACUGGC